GUGGGAGGGAUAUGAUUACUUCACCGGACUCUACUUUUAAAUCAAAGCUCUCGAGUUUGAGCCUCGGGAAAGGAAACUCCUAAUAAGGAGUAUUUCUUUCUUUAAUGGAUCGUAUGUGACGUGAAUGUGGAUUAAUCAGGCCUAAAGCGGGUACCCAACACUGGAAAUGGAAAAAAUCCUGAUAGACACUUUCCUUUUAAUAAAUCUUACCUGCGAGAAUUCAGUUAGUCAGACCCCAAAACAACUAUCGAACAGCAGAUGGAAAAGCCAAAAAACUAAGUCCCUAACACUACCAAACAAAUAUAUAUAUACGCCCCAUUGUUCACUCAGCAUUUACACAACCAAAACAUUCAAGCUGAUCAAAGCACCAAAAUAUAUCUCCAUAUCAUCAUCAGCCAAAAAAAAAAAUGGUGAACACAAAGCUGAUGAAUAAACAUGGUGGGCUCAACUCCAUGGCGAGUUUUGGCCACCAUGUUUUCACAGGCCGAUGGUUCAUGGUAUUCGCGUCCCUUCUAAUCAUGUCCACGGCUGGUGCAACCUACAUGUUCGGCCUCUACAGUGGUGAAAUCAAAACUUCGUUAGGCUAUGACCAAACGACGUUAAAUUUGUUAAGUUUCUUCAAAGAUUUGGGUGGUAAUGUAGGGAUUAUUUCGGGUUUAAUCAAUGAAGUAACUCCACCAUGGGUAGUUUUAUUCAUUGGUGCAAUCAUGAAUUUUUUUGGAUACUUCAUGAUUUGGCUAUGUGUCACAGGACACAUAGCUAAACCCCCUGUUUGGCAAAUGUGUUUGUACAUUUGCAUUGGUGCAAAUUCACAAACAUUUGCUAAUACUGGUGCAUUAGUCACUUGUGUUAAAAAUUUCCCAGAAAGCAGGGGAAGUUUAUUAGGUCUAUUAAAAGGAUUUGUUGGGUUAAGUGGUGCAAUUAUCACACAAUUAUACCAUGCUUUUUAUGGAAAUAAUGGUAAGUCUCUAAUUUUGCUAAUUGGUUGGCUUCCUGCUGUUGUUUCUUGCAUUUUUCUCCCAACUGUUCGGAUUUUAAAGGUCGUUCGACAGGCCAACGAGACCAAAAUAUUCUACAAACUCUUGUACAUUUCGCUUGGCCUAGCCGGUUUUAUCAUGUUAGUCAUCAUCAUCCAAAACACAAUCAAUUUCGCGAGGCUAGAGUAUGCAGGAAGUGCAGCCAUUGUACUGAUUUUGCUCUUUGCACCGUUAAUCGUUGUGUUUCAAGAAGAACUUAAGCUUUGGUACAUUAAGCAACAAGCCUUGAAUGACCCUCAAUUGAAAGUUGUUAGUGAAAAUCCGCCCUCAGUAGAACUGACUCAACCCCAGAAGCUAGUUGUGGCUGAAUAUGAGGAAAAUUUGCCCUCAGUAGAACCGACUCAAUCCCAGAAGCUAGCUCAUAGUGAAUAUGAGGAAAAGCCAACUUCUUGUUUUAGCAAUGUGUUUAAUCCACCACAAAGAGGGGAGGAUUAUACGAUAUUGCAAGCGCUUUUUAGCAUAGACAUGAUCAUAUUGUUCACCGCGACAACAUUUGGCGUGGGGGGGACAUUGACAGCUAUCGACAACUUAGGCCAAAUCGGAAAGGCCUUAGGCUAUCCGGAAAAAAGCAUCACUACAUUUGUGUCACUUGUAAGCAUAUGGAACUACCUCGGACGAGUUGUCUCAGGCUUUGUGUCCGAAAUCUUCUUAAUAAAGUACAAAUUCCCGCGCCCUAUGAUGCUCACAUUGGUCCUCCUCCUCUCAUGUUCGGGCCAUCUACUCAUCGCCCUUGGCGUCCCUAAUUCCCUCUACGUCGCGUCUGUACUAAUGGGGUUUUGCUUCGGAGCUCAAUGGCCUUUGAUUUUCGCGAUUAUAUCUGAGCUAUUCGGGUUGAAAUACUACUCAACAUUGUACAAUUUUGGUGCUGGUGCUAGCCCUGUUGGUGCAUACUUGCUCAAUGUUAGAGUGGCUGGACAUUUAUAUGAUAAAGUGGCUACAAAGCAAAUGUUAGCAAAGGGGCUAAAAAGGGAAGAUGGUCAAGAUUUAACAUGCAUUGGAGUGGAGUGUUACAAAUUGGCUUUUCUUAUAAUUACUGGUGCUACAUUGAUUAGUUGUGCUGUUUCUUUAAUUCUGGUUAUUAGAACAAGGAAAUUUUACAAAGGUGAUAUUUAUAAGAAGUUCAGAGAACAAGCAAUUGUUAUUGAUGAUCCUGAACAUAUAGGUAGUUCUUAAUUAAUUUCAUUUUCUUAAUUAAUUUCAUAAUGAUGUAUAUAUACUGAUAAAAAAAUAUGUUAUAGGAAAGAUUAUUAAUUAGUGAA